AUGGGUUCAAAUGGUGCUGUUGCUGACACCAACUACAGAGAAAAUAAAACAAUAGAAACCCAUGAUCAAUACCUGCAGGAAGGAGUGAGACACUUGUGCGAAAGAGGACUGACUAGAGUGCCAACAAAGUACAUACUGCCCAAGGAGGAACGACCCAAUUCAGCCAUGGGAGGAGAGACGACGAUUCUCAAGUUACCGGUUAUUGAUUUCACUCGGUUGCAAGACUCCAGCAGCAGAUCUCAAACAUUGAACUCCCUCGCAAAAGCUUGCGAAGAAUUUGGAAUUUUUCAGUUGAUAAACCAUGGUAUCAAAGAUGAAGUUAUUUCCACAAUGACUGAUGUAAGUAAAAGGUUCUUUGACCUUCCCUUCGAAGAGAGAUCAAAGUACAUGUCAAAUGAUAUUGCUUCCCCGGCAAGGUAUGGAACAAGCUUUAACCAAAACAAUGAUGCAGUGUUCUGCUGGAGAGACUUUCUCAAGCUUAGUUGCAACCCUUUAUCAGACAGUGUUCCUUUUUGGCCAUCCUCUCCUGUAGACCUAAGGGAAACAGUAGUGAACUACUCAAAGAGCACCAAUUUUUUGUAUCUAAUGAUGAUGGAGGCUGUCCUGGAGAGCCUUGGGUUGAUGAAAACCACAAAGAGUUCAAGUACAGAGAAAAUAGACACCAAGACCAGUAGUUUAGAGGAAUUUGAAGAUGGAAGCCAACUGAUUGUGGUGAACUGCUAUCCUGCAUGCCCUGAACCUGAAUUAACCCUAGGCAUGCCACCGCAUUCUGAUUAUGGCAUCCUCACUCUUCUCCUUCAAGAUCAAGUCGAAGGUCUUCAAAUACAGCACCAAGGAAAAUGGGUGACCGUCGAACCACUUCCGAAUUCAUUCAUCGUCAACGUCGGUGAUCAUCUUGAGAUAUUUAGCAAUGGGAGAUACAAGAGCGUGCUGCAUAGGGUUGUUGUCAACUCAUCCAAGUCUCGAAUCUCUGUUGCUUCAUUGCACAGCCUGCCGUUCGACGCCGUCGUUCGGCCCUCACCUAAACUCGUUGACGAAGCCAACCCUACUCGUUACAGGGACACAGACUUUGCCAAUUUUCUUGAGUAUAUUGCUUCAUGUGACCACCAGACGAAGAGUAAGAGUUUCUUGGAAUCGAGGAAGCUGACUGACUGA